AUGUCAUUAAAUUCCAACGACUGGACAGACGAAGAGGUUGAGCUUAUGCUGUUUAUUGGUGGCAAUGCAGCUGCAAAUGCUGCAUACGAGGCCUUUGUUCCUAAAACUUGCAAAAGACCCAUGCCGGAUUCAUCAAAUCAAGAGCGAGCAAAAUUCAUAAGGUUCAGGAGAUGCGAAACCAGGCAAAAAUUUAAACUGCAAGGGCUGCAGGGAUUUGUUGGAUUGAUUCGAGUGCGUGUAAUAAAAGGCAUAAACCUUACAGUGAGGGACUUCAUGACCAGUGACCCUUAUGUUGUUCUCACCCUAGGAAACCAGAAGGCACAAACAUGCGUGGUAAGAUCGUCAUUAAAUCCUAUCUGGGACGAAAAGCACCUUUUAUCAGUUCCUCAUGCAACCUUCCCUUUGAAACUUCAGGUGUUUGAUAGAGAUACGUUCUCAGAAGAUGAUACGAUGGGUGAUGUCUCUGUCGACCUUCAGCCACUUUAUGCUGCUGUGAAAGUGCAAGAAGCAAUGGGUGACGAACUUGGUAAUGUGCAGGUUGGAAAAUGGGUGGCUACAAGGGACAAUGAUCUGUCGUGUGAUAGCAUGAUAUUUCUUCAGAAUGGUCGUUUGCUGCAAGAUCUUAAGCUCAAGUUGAAAAACGUGGAAUGUGGGGAGUUAGAGAUACAGAUUGAGUGGAUAAUGUUACCACUGCGGCGUUUUCUAUGUCAGCGAUCUUACCGUGCUCAUCACACUUCAGAUGAUCCAGGAACAGAAAUUCCUGGAUCGGCAUCAGACAAAAUGCAUCGUGAGGAUGUUCCUGUGAUUUUGGCUGCCUCAUGGGUGUGCGAUCCUGAGUCAUGUGUUCUCCUGUUUUAUGUUUACUUGUUUACAUCAUGCAUCAACUUCAUCAUGGGGCCUCCUGUUUUUGUUCCUGGAGCAGGCGGGAUUUUGGGAGGAGGAUGGUGA